GUCCAGUCACAGUCCAGAGAGCCGCUGUGGGCUGCACGUGUGUGUCUAUGUGUGUGUGUGUGUGUGUUUCUGUGUGUAUGUGUGUGUGUGUAUGUACGCUUCGGUUACAGCCUCAAGCUUUUCUGACUGAUUAUGAACUUAAGCGCCAUCAAUGAAGAGCCACAAUACGACACACCACUGGGGAACUUCCACGGCUUGUCCACACCUUUUUCAAAGGUCGUUGACCUCUGAGAAAAGAUUGUUUGACUUCUAUUUGUCAAAGAUACAGAAUUUGCAUACGUCGGAUGAAUACUUUUAUCAAGUGAGGAGAUGGCCAAGGUGUACAGACUCUAUGUAGGAUUAGUAACAGUUCUGGCCUUAUGCAAAUACUGCCUGGCAGAGUGGAAUGCCACCGAUGAGUCUGCCAAUCGAACUGUGCCCCACUGUCAUCUCCAUGGCGACAGAGACAAUUGCACAGACACAGGGGAGUGGAAUGGCCACCUGACCAAAUGUCCUGAGCACCUGAAGCAUUACUGCAUCCACGGGGAGUGUCGCUUCGUGAAGCAACAGAAGGCACCGUCCUGCAGGUGUGAUCCUGGUUACCAUGGCUCCAGGUGUGAAUAUGUGGAUUUGCCGGUGCCACUGACGGACCGACAAGUCAUAGUUGUCUGCAUCAUUGCAGUGCUCGUGCUCCUCAUUCUUCUCAUUGUUGUCAUCUGCAUCUGUUCACAUCGCCGGUGCAGAUUGUGUCGGCGGAGGGGAAGAAGGCGGAGGGAAGAACCGAGGAACGGCACAGAGAAGCUCAGUAUGAUGGACACCGGUGCGACACACACGGUCCUAACACCGGACUCCACAGAACCACUGCAUACCAACUCUGUGUGAGAAGUCUGAGCGAGCACAUCCACAAAUUUGGGAAGUGUUUACGCGAAGCCACUGCCUUUUGUCUCACAGCGAUGGCAGCGAACUAUCAGAUGUCCCUGAACAGCACCGAGGCCUCAGAGGAAGGACAUUUUUGGAUAGAGAGCGACAGGAGUUUGUGCCUCUCCUUUUGAAGAACAGCGUGUCUGAGACUACAAAGAAGAUGCCUUCCUGGAUUUAUGAUAAACACAAGUUGGAACGGAGUGUUUAGUGGCAAGGACGUUUUUUUUUUUUUUUUCCCCAAUGCUGAGGGGCAACAGGCACUUGUAGCCUUUCUCUAAGUGCAGCUGACUGCUUGGUGCUAAAUAAAUUGUUGCUAUGUUGGAAAAAGCUGUGACACCAGCUGACAGCUGGUGAUAACAGUUGAUCAGGCCGACCGGUCACUGGUCUGCGUGGGAGACACUUGGACGCUGAAAUACAUGGAAAAAGACUGUAGGAGGACCGGACACUCCAUGUUCACUUUUGAGAAUUGUAGUCGCUUAAAUAAAUGUAUAGAAAUAUGCAAUCUUACAAGUAGCAGCAGCUACUGUUUAGUAGCUUUGUGUCAUUCUGUACGGUUUCUAAUCUGUUCACUGCUCGUUUUGCUUUAGCGUCACUUCACAAAAACACACUGUUUAGACAUCUGCAGUACAAAAUCAACAGUUAGCAUCACUUACUCCUCAAUCCACAAAAUUGACCCUCUGAACCCCAAGCACCACCCGGAUGUUUUCAGCUCUUGACACAUUUUUAUUCACUGUGAACUCAUUUUUCACUGCAGUAUAAAGUCCUGCACCUCAAUGGAAACAGAACAGCCAUGGCUAGAAGUAGAGGAAACUCAAAAAUGUCUUCAGUGUAGUGUGACCAAGUUAUCCUGCCAUAAAAAAGUUGAUUUGAUUAUUUAUUUAUUUGGGAUUUAGAAAAAACUGUAAUCAAUAUGUCCAACAUUUUUCAAAGUAGACAGAAUCCAACGAUGUCUUCUGUCCAGUAUGAUACAGUUUUAACCAUGAAUCUUGGAAAAAGCUCUUUGGUUUUCUCUGAUUAUUUAUGUUUUUAAAAAAAUAACAAAACAAUAAAAAAACAAAACAGGAGCUUUGCAUUCUACAGAUAUUUUACCACUUAGUUUUGAUUUAUUUCCAUGCUUGUCAUCUACCUCCUUUAUCUGUAAACACAGCCUGCAGUUCAUCCUGGCUUAGUCACAAAGUCUCUGAAUUUCUGUCGUUUCUAAUGAACUGGUUAAAACAAAAGGUUUAUUUUUGACAAUUUUAUAAAUAAGGCAAGUAGAAUAAAGCAAUUUUGAUGAAAUAUCACCGUUUUCAGCUUAGAUUUGGCUACAGUUCAAGGACUGUUGUAAAGUUCAAAAUCCAAUGAGUUUUUUUGUCUUCACAGUUUCUGGCUCUGACAACUGAUGUCAUUUUUUACGUUAAAACCCCCCAAAAACAUGCUUUAAAAGCCACUGCCAGGUUUUUGGGGUUAAGAGGGUUAAACUCACACAGAAUAUCGUUACUCACCAACAUUAGCAAUGCAAAAAGAGCCUUAUGUACGUAUUAAAGGAUGCCGUUCUGGACUCCUGGGUUGGAGGAGGACAAGGAGAACUUGUGCUGGAGGCUUUUUUGAUCUGUAUAUUUGGAGCCGAGCAGCUUCCAGGCUACAGAGGCAGCCUGUGUGCAGAGAUUGAAGAGAAAGUGCUCCACUGUGCGAGACGCUUUCCAAACUGACAGCCUUUCACUGGACUUUUAACGUGUAUCUGUACGAGUAUGAGCUCUAACUGUCGUCUGAGGAGAGUUCGGACAAAGUCAGUGAAUCCUGCUCCUCCUGUUAAUGUCACAUAUCAAUAAAUAUGCCGACUGUUCUGUGCAUGUA